GCACUUGUAUUUUUAAUAGUUAUUAUUUGAUAGCGUUAACUUUUCAUACACAUAUUUUGCAAAAUAAAUCGUUCACGUACAUCAAUAUUUCCACUAAUUCGUAUAAGCCAUGCAGAAUGUGAUGAGUCGAAGUAUGAUAAAUGGGGAUUCACCGUACUAUUCAGCCACCAUAACGAGAUCACCAGUUUAUGGUCUUGGCUUGGGUAUAUCUGGUAUAAGGUUGUCCCAUACUGAUGCAACAAAAUUUAUGAUCUCAGAUGUUAUAAAUGGAGGUCCUGCGUUUAACAGAGUCGGUAAAGAUGAUGAGUUGAUAGGUGUAAACGGUGUUAGUUUGGAAGGUUUAAAGUACUCAGAAGCGAUACAGAUUUUGCGUGACUGUGGUGAAGAAGUUGAGUUACAGCUGAAAAGAUGUGAGAAGGAUGCUAGCUACCAUGCUCCGAUUCCUGAUUUCACGGAAGGAAGUACUACUCAGCAUAAGAGCUUUUCGUCGUCAGGAAGAUAUUUUCAACCAGAAUUCUUUGAGUCAGUUUGUUCGAAUCAUGGUACGAAUGCAUUAAAGUACUGUAGUGAUACUGCUCUAUGGAACAAAAGUUAUCAGUCAAAGGAAUCCAUCAAGGAAGAUCACCCGCGCCUUGUGGAAAUACAUUUAAAAGGAAGAAACGCUGGAGAAAGUUUGGGUGUAGAACUUUUGAGUCGCUUGAUAGUGGCUUCUGUAGAUAAAGGGAGCAUGGGGGCUCAAGCUGGUUUAAAAUGUGGUGAUCGGAUUGUAACACUUAACGGGAUUAAUGCUGCUCAUCUGAGUCUGAUUGAUACCGCUAAUAUGUUACGUCGUCAGGAAACCGUACUUUUGGUGGCCAGAGAGCCUUGUUUUAAACAAAAUGUACCUAACAAUUAUAUGAAUACACCACCUCUAAUAAAUUCGUCGAGUGUUCCUGCUGAUCUUUCUGGUUUGGUCGCUCAUCAGUUAACUGAUUAUAACAAACAGUAUCCAUUACCUCAGCCAAUAAUGCAUCCAGAAAAUACUUUCGAAUAUCAAGUAGGGGAGAGACAGUUUGAACAAGCGUAUCAGAGAGAAAAUCACGUCUAUCAGAAUUUGGGAAAGCACCAUAGAAGUUACGAAGGCUUUGAUAAUAAAACUUGUAUCUGCGAUAAUACUUAUGUCAAAAGUCCGACUGUUUUAACCCACUCUCAAGAUAAUAUUCCCAUCACCUGUGGAAACCAGUGUAAAUACAACAUGCACCAUAACAAUGUUUCACUUUAUAAGUCAAAUCCUAAUCUAAUCUGUUUGAAAAAAUCAGGCAGUCAAUUGCCAGAUUUAAAUGAACAUAACUGCUUGAAUUCUAUUGGAAAUAAUAAGAAACAACCAUUGGGUUCAAUGAAUUCACCUAAAACAAGGAAAGUAACACUUCAACUUAAUAACAGUAAAGGUGAAGUUGGUUUGGUGUUGAUUGGAGGUAAUACAACAGGCAUAUAUGUGAACAAAGUGAUACCCGAUUCCGUAGCUGAUCAAGCUGGUGUUGGUGAAGGAGAUAAACUAAUAAAAUUGAAUGGGAAUGACCUAAAGGGAUGGACUAAAGAAGAAGUUUUCUUGUCGCUUAUGGCCAAUGAAAACAAAAUGAUACUUGAAUUACUUCAUGAUCCAUUAUCAUAUCGUAAAUUACUUGAAAGCGAAAAUCCCUAUGAAAGUUUUUAUAUCAGAGCGUAUUUUAAUAUGAAUCAAUAUGUGUCUGGCUCAUCAGCAUUAAUAUCAUCCACUAAAUAUUCAGGUUUAAAUAUAUUAAAAGGUGAUAUCUUUCAUGUACACAAUACACUAGUUGAUGAUGCGCUUGGAAGUUGGUUGGCAAAGAAGGUCUAUCCAAAUAUUAGUGAUAUUGGUUUAAUACCGAAUGAACAAAGAGCACAACGCUACAUAUCUGUUAAUCAAGUUCAAGAUAACCAAAAAACAUCAUUUACCCUACCGUCAUAUGAAAGAGUUAUACAGCUGGAAAGAUUUCCAUUUCCCCGACCAGUUGUAAUAUUUGGUCCAUUAUGUGAAUUAGCACGUCAACGUCUUGCACAAAUGUCAUCUAUUUCAUCAACAAAAACUGAUUAUUUUAUUGAAGAAACAAUGAAAUUUAUUAUCCCACCAAUAAAUUCAGCUUUCUCUAAUCUAAGCAACCAUUUAUCAACCAGUGGGCAAAAUAUUAACAAUAAUAAACUUUACGGUUUAGUCAGAUUGAGUGCAAUCAAUGAAUGUAUGAAAAGAGGUUAUCACUGCCUUUUGGAUAUUGGUUCUGCAGCUAUUGAACGUCUUGGUAUUCUAGGAAUCCCACCAAUAGUGAUAUUGAUCAAUCCAUCAUCAAAAUCUCAGUUGAAAGAGUUACUUAAGCAUUAUUGGCAAUUUAAUAAAAACUCUGCUGCUUUAUUAAUCCCCUCAAAAGCAGGCAAUCGUACACGUGCCACAAUUAGAGAGAUGGUUACAUUCUUAUGGAAUUCUGUAGUUCAUUUACGUCAACAUAAAUCUUAUUUUAUAACAGACACUGUACCAUUGUUAACGAUUAAUUCAAAAAAGAAUUCUUUCUCAGAAGUUGAAUGGCUGCGUAACCUAACUGAAGUAAUAAGGCAUCAUCAAAAUUCACCGGUGUGGAUUGGUGAAGAAACAGAAAUUGGACAGUUGCAACUCAGUGAAACAGCUGAAGAAGACGAGACAGUUACAAAAGAUGAUCCUGACACUCCUAGACCUAGUUUUUGCAAUACUAGUCAUAAUAAUGUUGAUAACCAAACAGAAACUAGAAGGUCAUUUCGUAGUCAAAGAGAAACAAGCGAAAAAAUGGAUGAGAAUGUAGAAAACCAGAAUUUUUCCACCCUUCGUCAAAAUGGUAUUUAUCCUGUUUCAUCUGAUCAUGGGAAAGUUUAUCAUUCAGAUGAAGAAAAAUAUAAUAAUGAACCUAUUCCAUUCAAAUCCAAUGACAAACUGAAUUCAAAAGGCUUUUUCGGACAUAAGUGCGAUUGUGGUAACAUGAAUCAAAUCAGUAGAGAAGAGGACAACUUUAGGCAGAUAAAUGAACACACAGAUGUUUCGGCUGCCUUGAACUUCCCACCACUGUCAUUAGAAACACUGAGGUUACACAUUGAAUCAACAUCAAUAAAAUACCCCCAAGUCAAUCAAUCUCUAUGUGAGAAAAAAAAUGUCUUGAGUAAUACUCACCCAAUAAACGACUCAGAACCGAUUGAUGGCCAGACUCCAACAAUCAGUCCAACUCUGUCUUUGCAUCAUUUAGUUUUUGAUGAAAUUACGUCUUCAGAUUGUCGCCGAAACGAUGAUCAGAAAGCUCAGUCACUAGACCUAAUGAGUAAUACAGCUGAUCCACACUCUGCUAUUUCAUCACUUCCCACAUCACCAAGAAUAAUUCUAGCUGAAAAAUGUGGAGAAUUCGGUCCAGAAGGUGGUAUUCUGGAAAUAACCGAACACAAAGUUUGCCUGAGGAUUCCCGCUGGAGCUAUUUCUGAGGAAGAAGGAAUGCAAAAGAUAUUUCUAAGAGUUUAUGACAGUGGAAAUGAACUUCCUUUAGAUGAUUUACCAUCAGAAUCUCGUUUACCUUCAGAUAAGCCUAUAUUAGUUAGUCCAAUGGUGAUGUGUGGUCCAAGAGGUUUAAAAUUUCAUAAACCAGUUGAAUUAACCGUUCCACGUUAUCCAUUAGACUCAGAAUCAAGUGAUGAAUCUGAAAUAAAUUGUGGUAAACAUUUAGAAAAAUGGAAUUUAUCCCUAUUACAUGCCUCAGCUAUUUCUACUUCAACAUCUACUGAUAAUGAUUCUCUACCAAGAACUUCACGUUCAAAUGAACCAACAAAAUGGCAUGAAAUUCCAUUAAGUGCUAACAAUGAAUUAUCUUUAAGAAAAGGUAAAUAUCAAUCUCAAGGACAAAAAAAUGGAAAUAAUCAAGGAAUUCUUUCCAUGAUUAAGGAUUCAAAAAUUUCUAUACUAAUUGAUCACUUUUAAUAUUUUUACUGUCAUUUUAGUUUACCUAUUCUGGUAUAUUAAGUUUAAUGAGAACUUUUUAAAUUGUACUGAAUCAUUCCAAUAAUCUUUUGUCGAAUAAUCAAUCCUUUAGAUGUAUUUAUCUUUUACUUUGAGAAAAAUGCAUUUCAAUUCUCUUCUUUGACUAUUCAUCAAUUGAAUUGAUCAACUUUCUAUCCUAACUUGUAAUUCUAUUGUAACAAAUUACACCUUUUAGGAUAAAUUUAAUAAAAUUUUAAUUUAUACUU